AUGAGUGAGAGCCAAGGCGCUUUUGUUUCCCCAGAGGCCACUUACGGCCUCCGUAAUCCGCCUGCAGGGUGGACCUCUGGGUGGACCACAUUCAGCCACUUCCAGCCUCUGGUGUCCUUUGGCUCCGCUGUGAGCGGCUCCAGUCCGCAGAGCCGCAGAAGCCGCAGUCAAUCUGGACUCUGUUAUAAAGUCAUAUCAGCCCCGGGUUCAACCCCGGGUCAGUGUGACGCACGCGCACAGGCGUACGCGCACGCGCGAGGUUAUCCUCGGGCUACGCACAGAGUAAACAGGCACGUCAGCGUAAAGUGUUUUUACGAGCUGCGUGAGCGCGCGUGCGUGUUCCAGAGACAACCUGGUGCCGUGUGGAGUUUACGGGCUCAGCUCCCAACAGGACUCACAUGA